AAAUUCACUUUGCUGAUUCCUCUGUAACUAGUGGCUCUACAACUAAACAAGAACAGGGAGUAUUUUUGGGACUGUUGGAUCACAGAACGGCGAAUGGGAUGUGCCCAGUUACUGAAUAUGAUUUGAAUAUAAUUAUUUGAUUAAGUGAACUUCUGUCCACUCUUGUUACUCAUCAUCACUGCUGUGUGCUGCAGCAAUGAGCAAGACUGCAGGCUGCUGCCAGAGUUGUCUGCACUAUGCAUUUGAUUAUGAAACCCCCAAAACCCUGGUCAUCCCGAGUUUACGUGUAGGAUGUGUCUUCAGGCUCACCCAGCUCCUGGUGAUGCUGUACGUGGUGGGGUAUGUGUGUGUGGUGCAGAAGGCCUACCAGGAGACUGACUCCGUCAUCAGCACCGUCACCACCAAAGUGAAAGGUUUCGCCUACACCAACACAUCCGACAUGGACCCUCGGUUCUGGGACGUGGCUGAUUAUGUUAUUCCCUCUCAGGUAUUUAAUUGUUUAUUUAAUCCUCUUUUCAGUGGCGUCGACUGUUUGACUUUCUUGGGAUCUGUUUUUUGCUCUUCUGCCAAACAGGGUGAUAACUCAUUCUUUGUGCUGACGAAUAUGGUUGUCACACCGAAACAAAUUCAGUCACGGUGUCCUGAGCUUCCAAAUCCAUCAACUACGUGUGUGGAUGACUGUGACUGCGUUGUGGGAUACAGUGAUCCACGUCACAAUGGUGUACAGACGGGGCUGUGUGAGAACUAUUCCACGACUGUCCGGACCUGUGAAGUGCACUCGUGGUGCCCCCUUGAAAUAGACACUAAGGUGCCAGAACGUGCAAUUCUGGCUGCGGCAGAGAACUUCACUGUGUUGAUCAAGAACAGCGUAACGUACCAGAAGUUCAACUUUCACAGAAGAAACAUCCGACCUCACGUUAACUCCUCAUACCUAAAGAGGUGUGAAUUCAACCGUGUAACCGACCCAGACUGCCCCAUAUUCCGCCUCAAAAACAUCGCUUCAGAGGCUGGCGAGGACUUUCAAGAGAUGGCUGUGAAGGGCGGCAUCCUCGGUAUUCUCAUUGACUGGACCUGUGACCUGGACUGGUGGGCGAGAAAGUGUUACCCAAAGUACAGCUUCCGCAGGCUGGACAACAAACUCUCUGCCAAUAAUGUGGCCCCGGGCUACAACUUCAGGUUUGCAAAGUACUACAAGACAGCAGAUGGAGAGGAGACCAGGACUUUGAUCAAAGCAUAUGGAAUCCGGUUCAACGUCGUUGUAUUUGGAACCGCAGGGAAAUUUGGAAUUGUUCCAACCAUAGUGAACUUGGGAGCAGCUUUGUCGUUUCUCAGCUUGGUGCCCGCGGUGGGCGACUGGUUCAUGCUAACAUGCUCGAGAAAAAGAGACCUGUACAACAAACACAAAGUAACAUACCUGUCUGAGGAUGCUGACGCAGAAUCAGUGUCAAUGGGCACAUCCUAUGGAACCCAGUAGUUUGCUCAAGCCAAGAUGGGAAUAAUGUUUCUGCAGAGGAAUGUUGGAAGCACCUGCUAUCACAAAACCCUCAAUAAAACUGGUUACAUGUGAAUUUACAAUACAUGUGUAUAGAUGCUAUUUAUUGGUAUAUGUAUGAAUAUAUAAUAUGGACUUUCUAAAAAUGAUCUGGCACAGAUUAGUGCAGACUCACGCGCAUCUGACAUAAUAGUUAAGCACAGGAAGGCUCUCAGAACUGGGUUUUGCAGAGUUGUUCAUGCUGGGACCAAGGAACUGAGUCUAAACUGAGAAUUAGUAGUCCAUCUCUUUAAAUUAUGUUCAACUUAUAAGGGUAUAUGCAUACUGAUUUUCCAUUAUUUGGCUUUUUGAGUGAGAUAAU